UGGACUACCCGCCUCCUCCUGUUCUCAGCUGCUCGUCCGACCCUUGGGUUCAGAGAAUUGGGAACCGGUCGUUCGCUGUCCUUUUUCGGUUCUUUGGUCAGAGGACCAGCUGUUCAGGAGCACCACGGACGAGAGCCAGGCACAUUUGAGACUUGGAUCUAACUAAAGACCGCCGCAGAUUCUUCUGCAGCAAUGUCGGUGUUAGAAGAAAAUCGGCCAUUUGCUCAACAGUUAUCCAAUGUCUACUUUACAAUACUUUCGCUGUUCUGUUUUAAGCUUUUUGUGAAAAUCAGCCUUGCCAUCCUCAGUCAUUUCUACAUCGUGAAAGGCAAUCGCAAGGAAGCAGCAAGGAUAGCAGCUGAAUUUUAUGGAGUAUCUCAAGGACAAGGUUCCUGGGCAGAUAGAUCACCACUACAUGAAGCAGCAAGUCAAGGUCGCCUUCUUGCUCUGAGAACAUUACUAUCACAGGGUUAUAAUGUAAAUGCAGUAACCUUAGACCAUGUCACCCCAUUGCACGAAGCCUGCCUUGGAGAUCAUGUGGCAUGUGCCAGAACUCUGCUGGAAGCAGGAGCUAAUGUAAAUGCAAUCACAAUAGAUGGCGUGACUCCAUUAUUCAACGCAUGCUCCCAAGGCAGUCCGAGCUGUGCAGAGCUGCUUCUGGAGUAUGGCGCCAAAGCCCAGCUGGAGUCAUGUCUUCCAUCCCCCACGCAUGAGGCUGCCAGUAAAGGUCACCAUGAAUGUCUUGACAUCCUGAUAUCCUGGGGCAUAGAUGUUGACCAAGACAUUCCUCAUUUGGGAACUCCUCUCUAUGUAGCUUGUAUGGCACAGCAAUUCCAUUGCAUCUGGAAGCUUCUCUAUGCUGGUGCUGAUGUACAGAAAGGCAAGUAUUGGGAUACUCCAUUACAUGCUGCUGCUCAACAGUCCAGUACAGAAAUUGUAAACUUACUGCUAGAAUUUGGAGCAGAUAUCAACGCCAAAAAUACAGAGCUUCUGCGACCUGUAGAUGUAGCUACGUCUAGCAGUAUGGUGGAAAGAAUACUUCUUCAACAUGAAGCCACCCCAAGCUCUCUUUGCCAGCUCUGCCGACUCUGCAUCAGACACUACAUAGGAAGUCCAAGAUUGCACCUUAUCCCACAGCUCCAGCUGCCAACAUUACUAAAGAAUUUCUUACAGUAUCGAUAAAACAGUAAAAUAAUUCUAAAUACCUUAAAAAUCAAAAUUUUUAUUUCUUUUGCUUAAGGAAUAUUUCAUAUUAAAAUAUGCUAAAGACAGGGUAAAAGUGAGUAUGAGAUCACCCAGGGAGGCAGUAAAAUAUCAACUUUAAUUUUAAGUAUAUUAGUUAGUACUAUUGUUUUAUAAUAUAUACUGUCUUUGGAUUAUAGCAUAUUUAUAAUAUCUAUUUUUUGUUAUUUCAAUAUAUCCUCUUGUUGACUUAGAAAAAAAGUAUCUUAUGUUUUCUUUCAGAUUGGAAAGAAAACUCUUAGUAAAGUUAGUCAUAUUAUAUUUUAAAAGGGCUAUAUUCUUCAACUAAUGGGUUAACUUUUUAAUUUUUGCUACUAUAAUUGGCUAACUUUUUAUUGAUAUUUAUAUAAAAUAUGAGUAUGGCUUAGAAAAGAGCAUCUAAUAUGCUUUCUGAAACCAAGAUGAUGCUCAUUCAGGAAAUCCACUAUGUUGAAUGAUGUCCACUGGUCAUGAAAACGACCACUUCAUAAAGAUAAAUUGCCUACGCCCUUACCCCCCUCACAGGACUCACAAGUCACUUCUGUUCUCCAUAGUACAUGGACCUGUUACCGAAAA